UGUUCUUCCCGGUGCCAGGGUGUCAUGGAAGGGCUGCUGACAAGAUGCAGAGCAUUGCCCGCCCUGGCCACCUGCAGCCACCAGCUCUCUGGGUAUGUUCCUUGCAGGUUUCACCACUGUGCCCCAAGAAGAGGGCGGCGCCUGCUGCUGUCUCGUGUGUUCCAGCCACAGAACCUUCGGGAAGACCGGGUGCUCUCCCUGCAGGACAAAUUUGAUGACCUGACCUGUAAGAGCCAGCGGCUGAUGCUGCAGGUGGGCCUGAUCUACCCAGCAAGCCCCGGCUGUUACCACCUCCUGCCAUACACCGUCCGUGCCAUGGAGAAGCUCGUGCGAGUGAUAGACCAGGAGAUGCAGGCCAUCGGGGGCCAGAAAGUCAACAUGCCCAGCCUCAGCCCGGCAGAGCUCUGGCAAGCCACCAACCGGUGGGACUUGAUGGGCAAGGAGCUGCUAAGACUUAGAGACAGGCAUGGCAAGGAAUACUGCUUAGGACCAACUCACGAGGAAGCCAUUACAGCCUUAAUUGCCUCCCAGAAGAAACUGUCCUACAAGCAGCUUCCCUUCCUGCUGUACCAAGUGACAAGGAAGUUUCGGGAUGAGCCCAGGCCCCGCUUUGGUCUUCUCCGUGGCCGAGAGUUUUACAUGAAGGAUAUGUACACCUUUGACUCCUCCCCAGAGGCUGCCCAGCAGACCUACAGCCUGGUGUGUGAUGCCUAUUGCAGCCUGUUCAACAGGCUAGGGCUGCCAUUUGUCAAGGUCCAGGCCGAUGUGGGCACCAUCGGGGGCACAGUGUCUCAUGAGUUCCAGCUCCCAGUGGAUAUUGGAGAGGACCGGCUUGCCAUCUGUCCCCGCUGCAGCUUCUCAGCCAACAUGGAGACACUAGACUUUUCGCAAAUGAACUGCCCUGCUUGCCAGGGCCCACUGACUAAAACCAAAGGCAUUGAGGUGGGGCACACAUUUUACCUGGGUACCAAGUACUCAUCCAUUUUCAAUGCCCAGUUUACCAAUGUCUAUGGCAAACCAACCCUGGCUGAAAUGGGGUGCUACGGCUUGGGUGUGACACGGAUCUUGGCUGCUGCCAUUGAAGUCCUCUCUACAGAAGACUGUGUCCGCUGGCCCAGCCUACUGGCCCCUUACCAAGCCUGCCUCAUCCCCCCUAAGAAGGGCAGUAAGGAGGAGGCAGCCUCCGAGCUCAUAGGGCAGCUGUACGACCACAUCACAGAGGCAGUGCCUCAGCUUCACGGGGAGGUGCUCCUGGACGACAGGACCCAUCUGACCAUCGGAAACAGACUGAAAGAUGCCAACAAGUUUGGCUACCCCUUUGUGAUAAUCGCUGGCAAGAGGGCCCUGGAGGACCCUGCAUAUUUUGAGGUUUGGUGUCAGAACACUGGUGAGGUGGUCUUCCUCACCAAAGAUGGAGUCAUGGAUUUACUGACCCAAGUGCAGACUGUCUAAAUGUCCCCAGCCCACCCCUGCCCCCAUUUGCAGCCUUGUUGUUCGUUCUAACACUGCAUUUUCCUACACCCCUUUCCUGGACUGCUCUCUCCAGAAACAGCACAGCUCGUGGAGGACUGGCCAUGCUGCCAUAUACCUUUCCUUUUGUAUUCCAUUGUGGAAGCUUCUAGGAGUCUGAGAGGCAGGAGAUCCAAGCUCCAGUCUUGGGUGUUACCCUGAGGGGUAAGUCACUUCCCUUCUCUCAGCUGAGUUUUUCACAUGUAAGAUGGGAAUGGCUGAUGGCUGAGAGCCCACCAACCUUCCCCACCCCAUGUCAGUUUGACCACGGGCCUUUUGCUACAUUCUGUCCAGAGAGCAGGCCUGCCAGCCCCUGUCCACUGAGAAGUUGGGCUGAGAGUAUGGGGAAAAGAAUCGAGAGACCUGACUGCCACCAACUCACUAGUGACUUAGAUACAUACCCUCCCCCUGCUGGGGCCUCAGUUUCCCCAUCUGUAACUUGAGAAAAUGGAACUAGAUCUGUAAAGUCUGGAACUAGAUCUGUAACAUCCUUAUAGGUGUCACUAGGGGGUUCCAUGAGAGGUUUGUGACAGGCAGUCUGAUUCCUCUCAUUCUCCAUAGUCUGUUUCCUGGAAAGUCGAUGUAAUUAACUGAUGGCCCAAAAACUACCUCAAGAGACCUGGCCCUAUUAAGACGGCUUAACCACUGAGAUCACGUACUAUUGAUUUAAUAAAGCCAAACUAUUGGAA